GUAAUAAUAACAAUAAUAAUAAUAAUUUAGAAAUACAUAACAUGCGAUAAUUAAAAUGGAAUUUCAGGAAAAAUAUGAGAUAAAUGGUUUUAUUCAGAAAGGACAGUUUGGUAGUUAUUAUGUAUGUAUUAACAAGAAAACAGGCUCUAGACUAACAGUGAAAAUGAAGUCUGUAAGUCACUACAAAAAUGAUGGUUCAAGUAAUGCUUAUGUUGAUCUUGAAGAAUCGCGUGAAAUUGCAAUAUGGCGUAGACUAAAACAUCGCAAUGUCUUAGAACUUCUUGAUAUUAUAAAAACUCCAACUAGACAUUACCUUGUGAUGGAAUGUAUACUGGAGCGUAACCUUUUAGAUGAAAUAGAAAAAUCUACUACAUACACUGAGCGGGAUGUUUGUUUUUAUAUUAGACAAGUAUUGAGUGCGUUAUUAUAUUUUCGUAAAAAAAGAAUCAUUCACCGUAAUAUUAACGCAGAAAGUAUUUUCCUUCAACGAAGUAACAUCAAUGAAAUAAUUAAAAUUGCUGAUUUUGGACUCGCAGUUCGGUUAAGUAAAGGUCAAAAUUACGUCUCGGUUGAAGCGUGUGGUUUGCCUUUAUUCUUGGCACCCGAAACUAUUUUAGAUAGACCUAUUAGUUAUGGAGUUGACCUUUGGUCAGUAGGAGUUCUUUUUUAUAUUAUGCUCAUCGGAAAUCCUCCAUUUUGGAAUGAAUUUCUAAAGUGCUUAUAUUUUGAUAUUACAACAAAAAAAAUGAAUACAUCACAUUCGAAUUGGCAUAAUAUUUCGGAUAUAGCAAAGGAGUUUUUAGAAAUUUUAUUAGAAAAAAACAGUUUAAAAAGAAUCAACGUAGAACAGGCAUUAAAUCAUGCAUGGUUUGAAUCAAAGAAAAAAUCAAAACUGCAUCGUAGUGAUGUUAUUGAAAACUUGAAAUGUUUUAAUGCGAAAAAAAAACUUGAUAACGAAAUUUUUAAAUUUCAAAGAAUUCCGAGUCUAAGUACAAGUUCAUCUCAGAACUAUCACAAUCAAAAUGAAGAUUAUGAAAAUGAACGCAUUUAUAGACAAAAGACUGUAAUAAGCGAAGUGAAUUAUGUCAAGUUAGACAAUUUGCGACAAAUAUCAAACAUAAGCGUUUCUUUUCAUCCGAUAACACUUCGAAUAGAUUUAAAUGAACCAGAUUUGUAAGCCACAGUUUUUAAUCACAAAAAUUUCACUACUAAUACAAUCAAGUUUAAAAAAAAAAAAAACAUUCUUGAAAAAAAAUACCCAAGUAAUCUUAAGCUCAAAGUUAGUUUACUGAUCAGAGACUUUAACGCUCGAAACUGAAAAGAGUAAAAUGCAGUACAUAUUAGUUAUAAAUCAAUUUAAACAUCGCUUUACGCAAUUUGUUUCUGCAUGUCUUUGCAUUAUAUAUAAAAAAAGAAAAAGUUUAUCCGCUGUUGAGUGUAACGAAGGAAAAAGAAAAAGUUUAUCCGCUGUUGAGUGUAACGAAGGAAAAUAUAAAAGUUCAUCCGCUGUUGAGUGUAACGAAGGAAAA